GAGAGGCUGGGGUUGGUUUCCAUUUCCUGGGAAAAGGAAACCUACCUCUUUGGUCACCUGGGUGGCACCCUGUGUUGGGAAAACACUUCUGCUGGUUGAAGCCGGAAGAGCAGGGCAAGGCCCCCUUCACUGCAACCCUCAAACUCAGCUUUUUCACAGGUUCGCCUGGAAUUGGGAAACUUCACGCUGCACCAUGCCAUUAGCUGGAGCAGACAUGCUGACCUCUUUCCUGGCCUCCAAGGUAACAUCAACAAUGGCCAUGGCCAAAGUUGGCGGAGAGGCCACUGGUACUUUCCUAGCUGGCCUCUCAUCGAAGGGGGUCAGUCUGGUAUCCCAGGCUGCCAGUCCUGCAGCGACUGUCCUUGAGCCCUGGCUGGAGACACUGAAUGCUGCUGGCAUCCUGCAGGUGUCCUCUGAUGCUCUGGCCGGGGCUGCUUCCUCCAUUGGACCCAAGGUUGCUGUAGCUGUAGCCGGAGGAGGGCUGGCUGUGGUGGCUGUGCCCAUGGUGCUGAGUGCUGUGGGCUUCACCGGGGCAGGAAUCACUGCCUCGUCCCUGGCAGCCAAGAUGAUGUCAGUCACUGCCAUUGCCAACGGAGGCGGGGUGCCCGCGGGGAGCCUGGUGGCCACUCUGCAGUCAGUGGGUCACCUCCUCCCUGCUUGGAGCCAACCCAUCAUGUGCUGAAACUCUGAAACCUUGAGCCAAAUAAGCCUUCACUCCUUCAAGUUGUGGUUGUCACAUAUUUGGUCCCAGCAACAAGAAAGGUGACUAAUACUCCACACCAUCACGGUAUUAGAUUAGAUUCUGUUAUGGUUUGUGUUCAGAUGGCUCCCUAAAGCCUCAUGCGGAUGAGGUAGGACUUUCUUUUUCAGAGGUA